AUGAUAUCGCGGUCAAAACACCGCUCGACAGUUGAAGUUUGUUCGGAUUGCGGGGCAUCAGAUCCGACGUGGGCGUCAAUUAAUCGUGGCCUGUUACUGUGCGCCGAGUGCUGUAGUGUACACAGAAGUAUGGGGCGACAUAUUUCUCAUGUGAAAUCUUUGCGGCAAGGUUCUUGGCCACCUUCACUCUUAGCUAUGGUGCAGUCACUCACAGCACAGAAUGUGAAUAGUAUAUGGGAACAUUCAUUAUUGGACACUUCUGCUCCUAAGCAUUUGCGGAAGAAACCACAACCUAAAGAUCCACUUCAUCCAAUAAAGUCAGAGUUCAUACUGGCAAAGCAUUUACGUCUGGCUUAUGUAUUAAGAGCCCGUCGUGAUGAACCUCCAAGUGAGCUGGGAAGGCAAUUGCACAGCGCUGUUCGGAGCUCUUCAUUGGAUACUGCAAUGAGGCUGCUAGCACAAGGGGCCGAUCCCAAUUACUAUAAUCAGGAGAAGGGCACUGCAUGUCUGCAUGUAGCUUGCCGGGCGGGUCAGCCUGCUCAAGCAGAGCUCCUAGUUGCAUGGGGUGCAGACCCCAAUACUAGGGACAGCGCAGGCAACACACCUGCAGACUGUGCUAGGCAGGGGGGUCACGCUGAGCUGGCGGAGCGCAUCACGGAGCUGGUUUACGAGGCGACCGACCGUAUGAUAGUGUUCUUGACCGGCGAGAGGCCGAUGCACUCCGCCGGCCGCCAUUACCUGGUCCCCCGCGCCCACGACACCCACGAGAUGACGGAUGUCGCGAAGGCGGCGCGCGGCAAGCUGCAACUGCUACCGAAUCACCUUUUCGAAGAGCUGGUGAUGGACAUCUACGAUGAAAUCGAUCGCCGGGAGACAGAAGCUAUUUGGCAGACGCAGGCCAGCGGGCUGGAGCGGUGCGGCGUGGCGUUCCUGCCGGUGAAUCCGGCCCUGUCGGCGCCGCGCAACCAGGGCCGCCAGAAGCUGGCGCGCCUCUCCGCGCCCGAGCUGGCGGCGCUGCUGCGCGACGUGCUGCUCGACGCCACGCGCCGCCAGCGCCUCGCCUCGCUCCAGCCCAGAGCACCGGGUGGCCCCCUGAAUCCUUUGCUGUCGGCGAGCCAUUUGAAGCACAUGUCCCAAAUGUCUGACGACGAGCCGCUCUACGACUCUGUUGCAUCUGACGAUGACUACGCGGCGCUGGCACCCAUCGAUCUCGACUUACAGAUGACCAGCAUUCUACCGCGGACCGCCGAGGCGGUAUCCUCGGCGUACAACCCGUCGCUGCCGUCCGAGCGAGGUUUCGCAGAAUCGAAGCGGGGCCAGUCGCCGAUCGAAGGGGCGGGCCGCGAAGAGAUCGAGGUGCUGAGGAGGGAGCUGGACAGCCGCGACUCCACCAUCACCGAGCUGAAGAGCCAGUUGAGGGACCUGCAGAGCAUAGUGGAGCAGCUGACGAAGGAGAACAGUGUCCUGAAGACCGCCAGCAGCGUGGACGACGAUAACAGCGUGACGUCACAGGCCUCCAUCAGUGAUGCCACGGAGGCGAGACCCCCCGAGAGGGGCCGCAGCCUCGAGACGGACCAGCUGACUCUGGCCGACGAGGCGGAGGUCAGACAAACUGUGAAGGGCUCACAGAGACCGGUCAGUAUGUAUGAGACUAGGGAGGGCCCAAAGAAUAACUGGCAGGUUACUAAACACCAGCUGACAACCCUGCCCGGUCUGGAGAGGUCCCUGACUCAGAGCGCGCUGGACGGCGAGGAGUCGGGGGCGGGGCGGGCGGUGGGCGUGGCCGACGAGGCGGUGCAGAGGCGAGCAGAGGCGGUGACUCGCGCCAUCCAGGACCUCUGGGCCGCAGCCCGCCUCCAGCAGCCCCACCUCUCGAGAGGGCGCAGCACAUACGACGGGCCGUGCGCGCGCUCCUCGCACUUUUCCCCCAGACGGGUGCCGAUGCGUCGCUGCAGGAGGUGCUGCUCAGCUUGCGGGCGGCCAGCGAGGAGGUGUCGGCCGCCUGCGCUCCCCCCGCCUCGCUGGACCGGGUGCGCGCCGCCGCCUACGAGCUGGCCCGCGCCACCAAGCUGCUGGUCACGCGCUCCCAGCCCUCCUAGCGACUGUCCCCCGCGCGCCUGCACGCCACCGUCUAGUGCCCGCGCGUGUAGAGUCAUCCCUGCUACUCUCCAUUCGCUCAAGAGUUGCCUUUGCCUGGGCCAG